GGUUUUUGGUUCCUUCUGCUGCUCCGGUUUUGACCACGAGCUGGAGCAGGUCUGCAGUCAUGGAGGCAGACCUGCCCUAUUUAUCUGAGGGUUCUGUUGUGUUGGUCUGCACUGUUCUUUCGGGUUUGCUUAAAAGCGAAUGAAGGGUCUAUUAGAGUCUCUUAGUUGGAUUAUCCAGAUUACGCAGCUGGAUUUCUUUUCACAGAGAGCAGGAAAGUCCCUCAGUUCCACAGUGUCACAGUCUAUCAAUAGAAACGGAGAGCUGCAGGCCACGCCCCGCUGUGAUUGGAUCAUCGAUCUGCUCUGUGAUUGGUGUUCUCGGCUGUCGGUCACGGCGCUGCGCCUCUUGUUGCUCCGGGUUCCUGAUGCUGGCGCAGACUCUGAUCUCCGUUCAGGUGCGCGGCAGCGCGGCGUCGUUGGAGCUGAGCUGCGGGUGGAGGACGCGUGGAUGGAGCUGCAGUCGUGACUCCGUCCGCCUCUCACUGCAGAAGACUCUGCGCUGAAGAAGCAGCGACAGCAGCAUCCUCCCGGCGCGCGGCAGCGCUCACCUCAUCCGCAGACAUGGGCACCGUCCUCUCCAUCUCCCCCGCCAGCAAAAAGGCGUCCAUCAUGGACGCAGACGUCUCCGCCGACAGGCUGAAGAACGACAAGAGCCUGAAGCGCCACUCCAUGUUCGUGUCGCUCUCCUGGAAGAAGCUGGUCUCCAAUUCAGCCAAGAAGAGCGCAAAGAAGGUGACCCCGAACCCGCAGCCCGCGCGCGAGCUCCCGUCCUGCCAAGUGGCGCAGCGCAACAGCGAGAACAGCCGGAGGACGGAGGAGAAGAGGCCCAAGGCGCCCAUCCCGGUGCCGGUGCCCACUGUGCCCACGCAGGGCGGGGAGAACGGGCGGCUCUCGUCGGUGCAGAAGCAGCCCAGCAGCUUCUCUCUGGUGUCUCCGAGGCGGAUCGUGAUCCAGGCGUCCACCGGGGAGCUGCUGCGGUGUUUGGGGGACUUCCUCUGCCGCAGGUGCUUCAAGGUCCAGGACCUAAGCAGCGCAGAGGUGGUCCUCUGGUUCCGAAACAUUGACCGGACUCUCCUGAUCCAGGGCUGGCAGGACAUUGGCUUCAUCACGCCGGCUAACGUUGUGUUCGUGUACCUGCUGUGCCAGGACACGAUCACGGACGGCGUGGAGAGCGCGGCGCAGCUGCAGGGCGCCUUCCAGACCUGCCUCUACCUGUCCUACUCCUACAUGGGCAACGAGAUCUCAUACCCGCUCAAGCCCUUCAUGAUUGACGCCAACAAGGACGUUUUCUGGGAGACGUCGCUGCGCAUCAUCGACAGGAUGAGCGCCAAAAUGCUCCAGCUGAACGCGGACCCGCACUUCUUCACGGAGGUCUUUCAGGACCUGAAGAACCAGCGCGAGUCCGCCGAGGGCAACCUGGACCGCUGACCGGAACCGGACUGUGGCGCACUUUGAAUGUGAACGCACCCGCGCGGGUUUGAGGGCUUCUCUGGAGCUUCGCAGUGUUACGCAACGUCAGGCCGCAGUGCGGGGGGAGGGGGGUCCGACAUGCAUGCCUGUAGAUGUUCUCUGUUUGCUUUGUUCCUUCUCUGUUCCAUCACAUCCUUCACUCAGGAUGAACCCCCCCAUUCUGGGGAGGAGAACGGAUGAGAUGAAAGACCAGAACAGACCUGGAGCUGGAGCUGUCCAGGGUGCUGACCUGUGCUCCAAUUUCUGCUCCUCUCACUAUUUUUGUUUAGAGCCGAGCCGGGCUUAACGGGGCCACAGUUAGCCCAGCACACUUUCGGCACAUAAGCCUUGGAAGCAGAGGAGGCAUAAUCUGCUGUUCCAAAACAUCCCUGCUGACCGAUGGAACAAAGUGAAGGAAUCCCACACUCAUCCACCCAAUCCUGCUUUUCCUGUGCCAGUGUGUGCUGAAAACACCUGGACAGGUUUGGUUGGAGCUCCUGCUGACCCGAUGACCUCCUUCAAAGCUGCUCUGCGGUGGUCCUCUGCGACCAAUUGUACAGUUUCUCAAAAGAUUGUUUGGAAUCUUCUGUGUGCCAACUGUGACCGAAGCCUGAAGCGUUGAGGUUUACAUGUACAUAUCCCAUAUUUGGACUGUUUUCCGCUGCCUGUUCUAUUGUAGCUUCAGCGUCACACAAACAAACCAACACAGCUUAACGGUAUAGAAGUCCUUUUUAUUCUUCUGGUUCCUCCUGGUUCGGUGGUCACCACCUGCAUCGGGGGAAACCUUCGUAACGUGUCGUGACUUUUGCUUGGAAAGUGAAAACGAUGCUGCUCUUUUGCACAACAGGCGUUCAGUGUUUGCACAGUGGUAUGGCAUAGCUGUGGUCCACUGGUGUUUGGCGCUGGAGUCUUCUUCAUCACAUGUCUGUCUCCAGUUUCACAAUCAGACCGUCUUUGGGGUCGUCGUGCGCAAAGUGACAUCUCCAGUGUCAUGACCAGGUCAAUACAGUAGCUGUGUAUGGUGACCCUUAUGAAAUAAAUCCAACCUUCUGCAGGCUG